GCGGGGGCGGGGCGGGGCGGGGCGGGGCGGGCGCCCGCAGAGAGCCGCGCUCUGCGCCCGCUCGGCAGCGCCGACCCCGCCGCUGCCGCCGCCGCCCGCCGGCACCAUGUGGCAGCCGGCCACGGAGAGGCUGCAGCACUUUCAGACCAUGUUAAAAACAAAGUUGAAUGUCCUAACUCUUCGGAAAGAGCCUCUCCCGACUGUGAUCUUCCACGAACCAGAAGCUAUUGAGCUGUGCACCACAACUCCGCUCAUGAAGACCCGGGCACACGCUGGAUGCAAGGUGACAUAUUUGGGUAAGGUUUCCACAACAGGGAUGCAAUUUUUGUCAGGCUGCACAGAGAAGCCAGUCAUCGAACUAUGGAAGAAGCACACGCUCGCCAGGGAGGAUGUUUACCCGGCGAACGCCCUGCUGGAAAUUCGCCCUUUCCAAGUCUGGCUGCACCACCUGGACCUCAAAGGCGAGGCGACGGUCCACAUGGAUACCUUUCAGGUCGCACGUAUAGCCUACUGCACUGCUGACCACAACGUCAGCCCAAACAUCUUUGCUUGGGUGUACAGGGAGAUCAACGAUGACUUGUCCUACCAGAUGGACUGCCACGCGGUAGAGUGCGAGAGCAAGCUGGAGGCCAAGAAGCUGGCCCAUGCCAUGAUGGAGGCCUUUAAGAAGACUUUUCACAGCAUGAAAAGCGACGGCCGGAUCCACAGGAAUAGUUCAUCAGAGGAAGUGUCUCAUGAAUUCGAGCCUGACGAUGGCUGACUGAACGCGUUCGCGGUUCAGCAAAGGCGGAAAUGGCCAAGGGAAUGAGAGCUGAUAGAUGAAUACGCAACAGUUGAAAUUGGGGAAUGAAAAGACUGCCAAACACUUGGCUGACCAGCUUUCUAAAUCAAAAGAGCAAUUCAGUACCUAAAGAUAUGCAUCAUUAAAGUAAUUACAUUACCUUGAAAUCUGCUGCUGCUGUAAACGUGAGAAAAAAGCUUCUUUUUUUUCCCCCAGUCUCUCUCACCCACUCAUCACUGACCUUUUCUCGUCUCUGUAGUUCAGGUGCAUACUAUGAAGUAGAUUCAUUCCUGUUUGUCUUAUAAAAGCAGUCAGGCAAUUUUAUUAGUUGCUGCUCUGGCAUUCAUAGCUAGGGGCUGGUGCUGAUACAGAAGAGCACGUAGGACAGGAAAGCCCUAAUGAGUCCAGGAGAACCUUUCUCCACGAUGUAUUGCAAAAUCCUCUGACCCUAUGUAGGCUAAAACAGCCAUACGCAGCCUUUUAGACUAAUGGCCUGGCAUUCUGCAGUUAAUUCACAUUUCACAGAUUAAAAAAAACUAAAAAAAGAUGCUUGUAUUUACACAUUAUAUCAUAUGCUAUCCUUUAUUUUAUUCAUUGUACCUAUUUCCUUAAUAUACCUGCAGCCACGUCUUUCACCCAGCGCCAGUAGCUGCAGUUUCAGGCUAUGUACUGCAGGAUACCAAAAAGGGGUGGGAGAAAAAACUCGCGAUGGCCGGGGACCAGCACCGUUUCGUGUGCGUUUUCCAUCCCCGCUGUGCUCCGUAGGAAGUGGGCCCGCUGGUAAGAACUGAGCGAUGUUGUUCAGACACUCGGCUCUGUCAGUAUUUGAACUGUGAUUUCUCAUCGACCUCAGGUUUGAAGCGGUGUGAGCGUGGCAGCCUCAGCGCCGCAGUGCCCCGCGUCGCCGGCCCCUCGGCCCGGGCACGGGGUGCCGGAGCUGCACUGCUGUAAAGAUUGGGAAAAAAGUGCUCCUUUGGGGUCAGGUUUGACAGUUUGCUCUGGUGGAGAAGCUCGUGUUAAGAUCCCCGUACCUUCCCUUGUUCGCAGAUACAGAGAGUCCUGCCUUUCAUAAAUGCGGAUGUUUAAUAAAACUCAAAUAAGACUUGUUUCACUUGAUAUUUUUUAAGGCCAAGAGCAGAUCAAUAGUUUGCAAGUAAUGCUGCUCCUUUAUACAAUUUUGUUCUUAAUCAUGGUAAUGUUAGGGGCACUAGGGCACCUUACAGAAGCCUUAAAAGAAAGCUAAUUGAAGCAGAUAGCUCUGUGUCUGUGUUUUGUGGGUAUAUAUGUUUGUGUGAGAGUGUAUGUGUGAGUCCAAUGUUAAAGCAUGUAGAAUAAGCAUGGAGACAUAUUGAGGAGGGCCCACACCUCUUGAAAAUAUGCUUGUUGCUUUACAAUGUAUGUAAACUAUUCUUCAGCAUAAAUGCAUUCAUACUUUAAUAAAAAAUAAGUUUGAGUUAAAGCUUGGGAGUUUUAGGCUGUCUUUCCAAUGCAUCCCUAUGUGGUUUUGUUAAUGUGUGCGAGUUCUCUGUUCCGUUGGCUUAGCGGAAUGAAAAUGUAAAUUUAUUUCCAUUUAGUAUUACAUCAGUCUCCAUGAGAAUUACUUUUAAUAAUUUUAAAUGAUUUUCUAUUAAAUAUUUGAGGCGAGAUAUUGCUAAGAGAUUUUUUUAAAAAACUUUUCUGUGUGUGGACACAAUUUAUAAUUUCUGCUUUGUGGGAGGUGCCAGAGAUUUAUUUAUUUUCCCUCCUCUGAGCGAUGAGUUUAAAUGAGCCCUGCUGAACUGGAACAGUACCUUGCCUUGGUUAUAUAAAUCACAAAUGGUUCAGGUCUGGCAUUAGAUGGUGGGAUGGGGAAUAAAACACUAAGCUCAGCAUAUUCCCAGAUUUGUUUCUCUCUGAAUCUCUUGGUGAUCCAGUGGUUUCAAAUACAGCUGUAAAGGUGAAAUUUUCUUCUCCCCCUAAUGCCCGUUUGGAAGUUGGAGGUCAUGUAUAGGCUAUAUGUUGCUUAAAAUAAAGAUCUGAAUCCCGUUA